GUGGAGUUGAAGUCUGUGAUUUUACUUCAACUUCAUCACAAGUAAACAAUUCACAAACACAUAACCUCUAAACACGUGUAUCAAUCAAAUAUAGAAAUUAUAAAAGUUAAAAUAAAAGAUUGUGGUAAAAGUUUGUUAAAAUGGGAAAAGCAAAAAAAACACGUAAAAUUGUAGAAAAACGUUUCGCUAAAAUGAAGAAAAUGAUAAGUCCCAGUGAUCCACGCAUUAAAGAAUCGAAACGUGCACCGUCUAAAAAGAAGAAACCAGAAGAUCCACAUGCAAUAAAAGUACAUGAAGCACCACAAAUAAGUUCAGCAUUAUUUUUCCAAUACAAUACACAAUUGGGUCCACCAUAUCAUAUUCUUGUCGAUACGAAUUUCAUAAAUUUUUCGAUUAAAAAUAAAUUAGAUAUUAUACAGAACAUGAUGGAUUGUUUGUAUGCAAAGUGUAUACCAUAUAUAACAGAUUGUGUGUUGGGUGAAUUAGAAAAACUAGGACAAAAAUAUAAAGUAGCAUUACGUAUUAUUAAAGAUCCACGUUUUGAACGAAUUACUUGUAUGCAUAAAGGAACAUAUGCUGACGAUUGUCUUGUACAAAGAGUCACACAACACAAAUGUUAUAUUGUAGCGACAAAUGAUAGAGAUUUAAAAAGACGUAUUCGUAAAAUACCGGGUGUUCCAAUUAUGUAUGUUUCACAGCAUAGGUAUACUAUUGAAAGAUUACCAGAUGCUUAUGGUGCUCCUAAGAAAUAAAAUAUUUAU